CUUGGGUUCCAAAGGAUGAGUGAGAUGUCAUGGAACCAAUGUUCUCCACUCGGUGAGUUCAUUUUGUGCAGGACAGACUCCCUACAACCAGGCAGAGUGAAGUCAGAGGCCAAAUUUUUGAAGUCACUGAUAAAAACAGUUGGCUUUAAAGAAAAGUUUCAGAUCUGCAUAUGCUUUGGUUUUGGAUGUUCUCAUCAGAAACAGUUUUUCAGUAAGGAGCACAUGGCCUUUAUUCUGCUGACAGACAUGGACCCUCUUUCUUCCAACCCUACAACACUUGACGGCUUAUCCACUGACCCUGACCCCAAGCAGGAAGUAAAGGCAGUUACUUUAACUCUUCACCUUUACCACUUGGGAAAGACUGAAGAAAGGAGCAGCUGCUCAGAAGACACCCUCACAUUUCCACCGGGAGAGUAUGUAGCAGAAGAACUGUGCAUCACCGCUGCCAAAGCUUGUGGAAUUAGCCCGGUGUACUGCAGCUUAUUUUGCCUGAUGAGGGAAAAUGACCGAAUAUAUUUUCCUCCUAAUCACAUCUUCAAACUGCACAACUCAGCCAGUGAAAACCUGCACUUCAGAAUCAGAUACUAUUUUCCAGGCUGGUAUAACAGCAGUAGCUCCUUCUACGCCCAUCGUUAUGGCUUGUCCAAAGAGAUGGAAAGCCCAGUAAUGGAUGACUGUGUCAUGGCCUACCUGUUUGCUCAGUGGCGCAGUGACUUUUUAAAUGGCUGGGUUCAUAUUCCGGUCAGCCAUGAAUCUCAGGAGGAGUGCCUGGGUAUGGCUGUUCUCGACAUGAUGAGACUAGCUAAAGAGAGCAAUCUGUCACCGGUGGAUAUCUACAAUGAUACCAGCUACAAGUCCUUCCUCCCCAGAUGCAUGAGGAACCGCAUCCAAGAGUACAACCUGCUGACCCGGAAGAGGAUCCGCUACCGCUUCCGACGGUUCAUCCAGCAGUUCAGUGAGUGCAAAGCCACUGUAUGCAACCUGAAGCUCAAAUACUUGAUGAACCUGGAGAUGCUGCUGCCCUCUGUGUACUCUGAGCGCUUCCAAGUGACUGACCUGUCCUCACGAGAGGUUACCAUCGUGGUGAUGGGCAACAAGGGCAUCCUUUGGUCUAAAGGAAAAGGAGAGGAGGGAGCAGAGGAGGAGCUGGAGAUAUAUUGUGAUUUCCCAGAGGUGAUCGACAUCAGCAUCAAACAAGGCAGCAAGGAAGGCUCAGCAGAAAGUCGCAUCGUUUCCCUCACCAGACAGGACAGUCAGAUCUUGGAGCUGGAGUUCCAGUUGCUCUCCGAGGCCCUGUCUUUUGUUUCUUUGGUUGAUGGAUAUUACCGACUGGUCGCCGACGCCCAUCACUACCUGUGUAAAGAAGUUGCCCCACCAAGACUUUUCGAGUGCAUUCAGAGUCACUGCCAUGGCCCUGUAUCGAUGGAGUUUACAAUUAGUAAGCUGCGCCGUUUGGGUAACUAUCAAGGCCUCUACAUCCUACGCUGCAGCCCCCGAGAGUAUGACAAAUUCUUCAUGUCCUUUGUUGUUGGGUAUGAAACCAUGGUGGAUUAUAAGCACUGUCAGAUUGUGAAGACGGAGUCGGGAGAGUUCAUCCUGAGCGGUGCCAAAAGAAGCUUUGGUUCUCUGAAAGAACUCAUGCAUUGCUACCAAAAGGAGGCGCUCCGCACUGAUGGGUACACUUUCCAGCUCAUCAGGUGCUGUCCACCCAUCCAGAAAGACAAAUCCAACCUGCUGGUGUGCAGAAAUAACCAAAGUACAGACGUCCCUCCAUCUCCAUCACUUCACAAACACAUCAGCCAGAUGGUUUUCCACAAAAUCCGCAAAGAAGACCUUGUCUUUAAUGAAAGUCUGGGCCAAGGAACAUUUACAAAGCUCUUUCGUGGUGUGAGGAAGGAACUGGGUGAUUAUGGGGAGGUUCACCAGAUGGAUGUGGCGGUCAAGAUUCUGGACAAGGCUCAUCGUAGUUUUUCAGAGUCCUUCUUUGAGGCUGCCAGCAUGAUGAGCCAGCUGUCCCACAAGCACUUACUCCUCAUUUAUGGUGUGUGUGUUUGUGGUGACGAAAACAUGAUGGUGCAGGAAUAUGGAAAGUUUGGCUCUCUGGAUAUUUAUUUGAAAAAGAAGAAAAACUGUGUCAACAUCACCUGGAAGCUAGAAGUGGCCAAACAAUUAGCCUGGGCUAUGCAUUACCUGGAGGAUAAAAGCGUAGUUCAUGGGAAUGUUUGUGCCAAAAACAUUCUGCUGAUCAGAGAGGAGGACCGGAAGACGGGCAGCCUGCCUUUCAUCAAGCUCAGUGAUCCUGGUAUCAGCAUCACCGUUCUGCCUAGAGAAGUUCUGGUGGAGCGUAUCCCGUGGGUGCCCCCUGAGUGCAUCGAAACCCCCCAGAAUCUGAGCUUAGCAACAGACAAGUGGGGCUUCGGGACGACGCUUUGGGAGAUCUGCAGCGGGGGAGAAAAACCACUCAGCACCCUGGACUCCUCAAAGAAGAACCUGUUCUAUGAGGACAGACACCAGCUGCCGGCUCCAAAGUGGACUGAGUUGGCCAACCUGAUAAACAGCUGCAUGGACUAUGAGCCUUUACACCGACCCUCCUUCAGGACAAUCAUCAGAGACCUCAACAGUCUUUUCACUCCAGAUUAUGAAUUGCUGGUGGAGAGCGACAUGGUUCCCAACAGGACCCGAGGGUUUGGCUUCCCGUGGGCCUCAGUGAGCCAGGAGCCAGCGCAGUUUGAGGAGAGACACUUGAUCUUCCUCAAGCAGCUGGGCAAAGGCAACUUUGGCAGCGUUGAGAUGUGCCGGUACGACCCGCUGCAGGACAGCACCGGGGAGGUGGUGGCUGUGAAGAAGCUGCAGCACAGUACAGCUGAGCACCUUCGGGACUUUGAGCGGGAAAUUGAAAUCCUCAAAUCGCUUCACCAUGAGAACAUUGUUAAAUACAAAGGCGUGUGCUACAGUGCAGGUAGAAGAAACCUUCGUCUCAUCAUGGAGUACCUCCCCUUCGGCAGCUUGAGAGAUUAUCUCAUCAAACACAAGGACCACAUUGACUCCAUAAAACUGCUGCACUACGCAUCGCAGAUAUGCAAGGGCAUGGACUACCUCGGUGGUAAACGGUACAUUCACAGAGACCUGGCCACCAGGAACAUUCUGGUGGAGAGCGAGAUGAGGGUGAAGAUCGGCGAUUUUGGCCUAACUAAAGUCCUGCCGCAGGACAAGGAGUACUACACUGUCAGGGAGCCUGGGGAGAGCCCCAUCUUCUGGUAUGCCCCCGAGUCGCUGACAGAGAGCAAGUUCUCCGUAGCGUCUGACGUUUGGAGCUUCGGCGUCGUUCUGUAUGAGCUCUUUACCUACAGUGACAAGAACUGCAGCCCCCCAGCGGUUUUCAUGGAGAAAAUUGGAAAUGAAAAGCAGGGCCAGAUGAUCGUCUACCAUUUGAUCGACCUGCUGAAACAAGGAUAUAGACUCCCUGCUCCUGAAAACUGCCUAAAGGAGAUUCACAAGAUCAUGAUGGAGUGCUGGAGCAGUGACCCGAAACUGCGGCCCACAUUCAAGGCCCUAAUCCAGCGGGUGGAGACUGUGCGAGAGAGCAAGGACGGAUGAGAUGGACGCAGCGAAUUCCUGAACUGUUGACCUGCUGGUGUUGACGUGCGCAAGUCAGUCGUCACACAACAAUCAGAGUUACCAAUGGAGUUUAGGUGGUGGCUGUCUUCGCACUUGUGGCAGCUCGACCGCUUCAUGAAGAAAAGACUGAAAUAACGAGAACACUACAGCUAACUCAAAGAUUUUCUCUGAUGUUUUCAAGUACAAUUCUACGUUUUUUUUUUUUUUUGGUGUUUACGAUCCAAACUGCAUUCCGAACAGACUUUCAGCCAUGUGGCUGCACUUGAAAUCACAAGGAAACCAAGAGGUUCCAGUUCUUCACCGGGGUUGGUGCUAGGGUCAGUCUUUAAGUGGUUCUGCCUUGCUUUUCCACCACUGUCAUUACAUCAUUAUAAAUAGCUCAUCUAAUUAUUGUUUGGUCCCCCCCAUCUUCUGAGAAUGGAGGCAAUUCAACCAAAGAAAUAGGAUUUAUCCAAGUAUUACUGCAAGCAGAUGCCCCAAUAUAACCAACGUGGUUUAUUAACACUUCUAAAAAACUGAGCUUUUGGAUGCCUGAUCUAACACAGCUUUUAGAGAAAGAUUUAUUAACACACCUGUGUUGAAGAACGGAGUCAGAAAGGAGAAUAAUCAGCUCUGACCAACCAUAAACCGGCUUACUUAAACUCUGAGAUAGAUAAUUUCAGAAUAAGCUGUGAAAAGAGACAGUCAUCUUCUGUUAUUCUUAUGCUAAUCUGACAAAUUACUAUUGUUGAAGCACAGUUUUUACAGUUUUAAUAAAGCCCAAAACUAAAUUCUGGAGUUUUAAACGUGGCGUUUAUUAAAAGGAGUUCUUUCCUUUGGUCCGAUUGCGACCUGGAUUAGCACGGGAUUCCGAGCCCGGCUUAGAUUUUGUCUUGGUGAAGCUCUGGGAACAGUUUGGUGGAAAAGGCUCUAAUGAGACCCAGAGAUUUGUUUGGACCUUCUCUGUUACUGUGGAAUCAAAUGUGCAUAGAUAAAGCGACUUGCAAAAGUAUUUACACCCUGAGAAGUUUAACAAACAUGUGAAGGCUUCACCAACAACUGCAUUAAUACAGUUUAAAUUAUACACAGACGAACUGGAUUAGUAAUGAAGGGAGGUCUAAAGGGAAUUACCGAACCGAACAUUAACCGGUUAGUGGCGACUUGCCAGUGGAAAAACGCCUAUAGUGAAUCUGGGGAGGCAGCUAAAGAUUAGGGAAAUUGCAGAUAGGCCUUCCAACCUCAAAGACUUGGAGCUCAUCACAAAACCUAAAACAUUAAAGACCAGUGGAAAGAUGAAAAAUGUGCCCAGUAAUUACAGGAAGAGCUGGACUGCUGUUAUGCCAAGCAAGAUUUUUCCAUUGAUUGUUGAGGAAGGUAUAGUUUUCAACUAAAUACAUGGAAGUUGUGAAGUGACAAAAUUUAAAAAGACUUUAGGGGUAGGGAUAAUUUUACAUGGCACCCUAAGUCAUACACUUUGCAAGGUGAAAAAAGAUUUUAAUAUCAAAGAUAUUGAAAUGUUUGCAUCUUUUUAUUAAAAAUUUUGUUUAACAACCAUGAAUGCUCAACAAUUAAACGCUUUGUGGAGCCUGCAUUGUGUGAGCGAUCAUCAAGUUACACUGUAAAGCCUCUGAAAGGUUUUUAUUUUAAUUUACAUAUACUUUUUUAAUGCAUCACACAUUCUGAAUGAUAUAAGGCUUCGUUAUCAGCCUAUGGAAAGCUUUAAAAUAAGUGGAUGCCUAUAUUUUGUGCAAGCUAUUAGUUUAUUUAAAGAGUUUUGUGAUUUCUGGUCAGUUAGAGAUGCUGUCUUUUGAUGUGAAUAUUUGCAUUACAUUACCAACCAUAAAUGAGUGGUAAGAAGGGCUGCUUUGUUUUUUUUUAAAUUCAUGUCACUAUUUUGGGAAUAUUUCAAGGGGACCUAUUAUGCAAAGUUCACUUUUUGCAUGUUUUUGUACUUCAAUUUGGCUCUCAGUUGCUUGUAAAAACAGUUCAUGUGAUUUAAAACAAAAACACCCAGAAAAGACUAUUUUUUGGAAGUAAGUUCAUAUGAACCUGCGCUGCCCUGUUACCUAGCAACCGUUGCGGAGCUCCAGCAUGUUUUUUUCAGCUGUUUUUACCGCAUGUUUGUAUAGCCAUAGACGUAUCCUAACUUGUUCAAGAAAACAUAAUAGGUCCCCUUUAAGACUAAGUAUGAUGGAUAUUGAUGAGUGAAGGCUUUAAAGAAAAUAUGCAUUUUGAAAUAUUUUUUAAUGAUCAACUUUUUCUGCCAUAAAUGACAGAUCCUUAUUCAUAUUGUUCUUAUUUAAUUCAGUGCCUUUACUUUGUUAAAAAUAUUAUAACUGCAAAAAUUCAUAAAACAUGUUGAAAAAUUGGAACUUAAAAGAGCAAGUUCAAUAUUUUGUGGUCAGUUAUGCUUACUUUGUAUAAAGCUGU